GAAACUUUGUGGAAAAAAUGGAAAAAUAUUAAAUUAUUGUUUUUUUUUUUUUUUUUGGGCUCGAACUCUUCAACUCCCUCAACACAAGUCGCAUAAAAGGAACAAUCUAGAAGAAGAACGAUAGUAUCCAUCUCCUUUAUAUUCCUUCUUUCAUUGUGGUAAAAGGAGACAACUUUGGCCUCUACUUCAUUCUCCUUGUUUGAAAUUCAUCAUCUUCUUCGAUUCUAAGCAGUUUCAAGGAAACCCAAAUCGAGAUGGCUAAGGAACUUGCUGAUAAGGCUAAAGAGGCUUUCGUAGACGACGACUUCGAUGUUUCUGUUGACUUUUACUCCAAAGCCAUUGACUUGGAUCCUAAUUGCGCUGAGUUCUUCGCUGAUCGUGCUCAGGCCUAUAUCAAACUCGAAAGCUUCACUGAGGCCGUGGCAGAUGCGAACAAAGCAAUUGAGUUGGAUCCUUCAUUGACCAAAGCUUACCUAAGAAAAGGAACUGCCUGUAUGAAGCUUGAGGAGUAUCGGACUGCUAAAACAGCUCUUGAAAAAGGUGCUUCUAUGGCACCGAGUGAAUCCAAAUUUAAGAAGUUGAUAGAUGAAUGCGAUUUUCAAAUCACAGAAGAAGAGAAAGAUUUGGUUCAACCGGUGCCUUCGACUUUGCCUUCAAGUUCAACAGCACCACCAGUAUCUGAACUUGAUCUUACCCCUGCACCUGCAGCACCAGCUAAAGCCAAGUACAGACACGAGUUCUACCAAAAGCCAGAAGAAGUUGUGGUAACUGUUUUUGCAAAAGGAAUACCCAAACAGAAUGUUAACAUCGACUUUGGUGAACAAAUUCUGAGUGUUGUGAUUGAUGUUCCUGGAGAGGAGGCGUAUUAUCUCCAACCGAGAUUGUUUGGAAAGAUAAUACCAGACAAGUGCAAAUAUGAAGUAUUGUCAACUAAAAUUGAGAUCCGUCUUGCAAAAGCCGAUAUAAUCACAUGGGCCUCCCUCGAACACGGCAAAGGGCCAGCGGUUUUGCCAAAGCCUAAUAUCUCAUCAGAGGUUUCGCAGAGGCCAGCUUAUCCAUCUUCUAAGAAAGUUAAGGACUGGGACAAGCUCGAAGCUGAAGUGAAGAAACAGGAAAAGGAUGAGAAGCUGGAAGGAGACGCAGCUUUGAACAAAUUCUUCCGUGAGAUAUACCAGAAUGCGGAUGAGGAUACAAAGCGAGCGAUGAGCAAAUCAUUUGUGGAAUCGAAUGGGACAGUGCUGUCAACAAACUGGCAAGAGGUUGGGACUAAGAAAAUCGAGAGCACUCCGCCGGAUGGCAUGGAGCUCAAGAAAUGGGAGAUCUGAUCUCUGAUAUGAUAUGAUCCUUGCUUUUGUUGCAUUUGUGGGUUUUGCCUAAAUCUAGACUAGUCUUAAAACCUGGUCCCUUUCUUCCUGUAAUGAGGGUCCUAAGGUUUUUUCCUUUUUGAUAAAUAUGGCUUUCUACUUAUGCUAUGUUGUUGGUUAUGGUCUUAGGACUCAACUUUUUUUGAUGUUUUAUUUAUAAAUAUUCAUAAUUUCAUCAUCAUGAUCACUGUUCUUGA